AUGCUAUCAAAGACUAAAUCGAGGCACCGAGGUUUAUAUCUACUCAACCACAGUGCGAACGUGACAGGUUCUCCCGCACCUCUCGCAUUAUACGGCGCCAUAGAAGCUGGCGCUUACGAUGGCGCCUAUCCCUAUCCUGUCAACGACGGCUGCGAGAUACUGCCACUUUACGUACAAGACGAUGUACAGAUGGAAUUCACCCCGGGCACCACCGUCUACCGAGAUUCAAUUCCCGUUGUAGCCCAUCCGCAGAUCUACUGGACGGACCCAUCCUCUUACACCUCAACCGUGCUGUUUGAGCCAUCUCACGCGCCAGAACCAGAGCCAGAGUUGUACUGGCAACCGCCACCAUAUCAUUUGUCGAGCACAUUUCGCUGGGAUGCAGUGGAUCCCGAGGGCAACAUACCUGAUACGGACCUCAUCGCGGACGACGGGGUGCACUUCGCUGCGCACUUCGCCAAACUCGAUUCAAGCUCAUACAAUGGGUUUGGUGGGCUCCUUGUCUGCGCGCCUGUCAUUCCCGUCCCGCUAUCAUCAACAACCCUGAACUUGAUCCUGCAUGCGAUGUACGGUCUUUCACCUGCGCGAUACACUCUUUCAGUCGACGAGCUCGCUAGAGCUGUGGACGCUCUUGAGUUCUAUGGGCUUCCUAAAGCCGUCUUUGUCUCCCCAGCCAUACCACUCUUCCAGAUCAUCUCGCAACAUGCCCCUGCAGAGCCCCUCGCAUGCUAUGCGCUUGCCGCUCACGCGGAACUUGAUAAACUCGCAAUCAUCGUGUCGCCAUAUACCCUUGCUGUCUCCCUUUCCGAUAUUUCCGACGAAUGUGCCACUCGCAUCGGACCAUGCUACCUCAAGCGCCUCUUUUUCUUGCAUCUUGGGCGCGUCGAAGCGUUAAAACGUCUGCUCUUGCCACCACCCGGCCCACAUCCGCCUGCAGAUGAAUGCACGCUAAGAGCUCAACGGCAACUCAACCGUGCGUGGACAACAGUUGUCGCUGAGAUGACAUGGACUUUGAGUGCCGGGAUCACAGUGUCGAUGCUCGACAAGAGGUUUAAACCGGUCGAGAAGGACUUCACAAGCGCGGAAUGUCGCAAAUACCUCCUUUGCCGUAUCCAAGAACUUUUGGUCCAACGGUCGCUUGUGAAAGGAACAAUAUAG